AUGAUUGAGAGACCCACUAACCUAGACUCCAGAAAUUACUUUUUAUUAACAAUAAGUGUCAAGACUUUUUGUAAUAACAUGUCUCUUCAAUUUUCUGAUGUCUAUGUCAAAGCAAAGAACUUCCAGAAUUUCUUGGUUCUUCUUGCUGAAUAUCUUGAAUUCACUUGCACCAAGAAACUGCAAGAAUUUCUCAUGCAGAAAUUGAUGGCUUCAAUUUUGAGUCCUUUCAAAACUUUGCAUGCUAAGUCUUUUGGAUUGAAGGGAGUCAAUAAUGAAAAGAAGAAGACUGCAUGUAUUAAUGCAAUCAUGCACUCAUUUCAUGAAUCAGCUAUUUGCACAAUAUUGGAGAACUAUGCUUCUUUAGCUGAUGUUCCUCAGAAUGAGAAGAAUUCUCUCAUUGUUUGUUGA